UGUCAAUAAUGUCAAGUCUGUCAUGUUGUUGAAGCGCCGCGUGAGGUUAUGUUGGAGUAUGUUUAUUUCGAACUUAAAUUGUAAUAGGACUUUGAAAUGGCAGACGUAAAUAGUUUAUUCGAUUGUUUCGACGAAGUGGCUCCGAAUGAAGCGUCCGUACAAUUUCCAAACAUAAAAAAUGAAGAUGAUGUUUUGGAUGCUAGCACUGCAAAUUCAUCAGCAAUUGAAACUCCCAACCUGAAGCGGUUACACGAUGAAGUGGAAGAUAUUGAGAAAUCUUCAAAAAAACAAAGACAAGAAGAUGAUGAUGACUCUGAGCUAACUAGUGAUAUAAAUUUAGAACUUCUAAAUGCUAGAAUAGUGAUACAUACACUAGAGACACAUGAGGGCUGCACGCACGAGGUGGCGAUACCGCCCAACCAUGAAUACGCACCCCUCGUAGCAACCACAGCAGAGCCGGCGAAACAGUACGCCUUCAUACUGGAUCCUUUUCAAAAGGAGGCUAUAAUGUGCAUAGACAACUUACAGUCCGUGUUAGUCUCUGCUCACACCUCUGCAGGAAAAACUGUUGUGGCUGAGUAUGCUAUAGCUUUGUCUCUGAAAAACAAACAGAGGGUCAUAUACACAACCCCUAUAAAAGCCCUGUCUAACCAGAAGUACAGAGAGUUUUCCGAAGAGUUUCAUGACGUAGGUCUCAUUACUGGUGAUGUGACCAUAAAUCCUUCUGCUUCUUGUCUUAUUAUGACCACUGAGAUUUUAAGAAAUAUGUUGUAUAGGGGAUCAGAAAUCAUGCGGGAAGUAGGUUGGGUUGUAUUUGACGAAAUUCAUUACAUGAGAGAUAAAGAGAGAGGUGUUGUAUGGGAAGAAACUUUAAUCUUGCUACCUGACAACGUCCACUACGUGUUUCUGUCGGCCACCAUUCCCAACGCUCGUCAAUUCGCGGAGUGGGUGUGUCGACUGCACUCGCAACCUUGUCACGUGGUGUAUACUGAGUUCCGACCCACUCCCCUGCAGCAUUACAUAUUCCCGGCUGGCGGAGAUGGUAUACAUCUUGUGGUUGAUGAAAAGGGUAUAUUCAAAGAGGAUAACUUCAACACUGCUAUGGCAGUACUAAGUAACGCCGGUGACGCAGCGAAAGGCGACCAGCGAGGUCGCCGCGGCGGCCCUCGCGGUGGCAACCAGACAAACAUAUUCAACAUCGUCAAGAUGAUCAUGGAAAGAAACUUCGCUCCUGUCAUCAUAUUCAGUUUCAGUAAGAAGGACUGUGAGUCGUACGCUAUGCAGAUGGCGAAAUUGGACUUUAAUACAAUUGAAGAAAAGAAACUAGUAGACGAAGUAUUCAACAAUGCAAUGGAUGUGUUAUCCGAGGAGGAUCGCAAGCUGCCACAGGUUGAAAAUGUGAUUCCACUACUGAGGCGCGGUAUUGGCAUACAUCACGGAGGACUGUUGCCUAUUCUCAAGGAAACCAUAGAGAUUCUGUUCGGCUUGGGACUUAUUAAGGCAUUGUUCGCGACGGAAACAUUUGCCAUGGGUCUCAACAUGCCUGCCAGAACUGUUGUGUUCACCAACUGCCAGAAAUUCGACGGAAAAGAUUUUAGAUUCAUUACCUCAGGCGAAUACAUCCAGAUGUCAGGUCGUGCCGGCCGUCGAGGUCUCGACGACAAGGGUAUCGUGAUACUCAUGAUUGACGAGAAGGUCACUCCUGCCGUAGUCAAGGGCAUGGUGCAGGGGAAAGCUGACCCUAUCAAUUCGGCCUUCCAUCUCACUUAUAAUAUGGUCCUCAAUUUGUUGCGUGUGGAAGAAAUAAAUCCAGAGUAUAUGUUAGAGAGGAGUUUCUUCCAGUUCCAAAAUCAAGCGACUAUUCCAGAUCUAAUAGAUAAGGUGAAAUCAAAACAGAAAGAGUACAACGCUCUAACCGUGGCGGAGGAGCACUCGAUAGCGUCGUACUGCAGCAUCAGGUCGCAGCUCGAUCUGCUAGGAGCGCAGUUCCGCUCCUUCAUCACCAAGCCGGAAUACUUGAAGCCGUUCCUACAACCUGGACGACUUGUUAAGAUAAAAACAGAGAAGCACGAGUUCGACUGGGGUAUAAUAGUGAACUUCAGACACCGGACAGGCAAGGGUAAGAAGGGAGAGGACAACCCGCUGUCAUCCGAGUCUGUCAUCAUUGUGGAUAUACUGCUUCAUGUGAAGAAAGCUGACGGAGAGGAUGCGGAGAAAGUGCCGUGCCCACCUGGCGAGGCAGGAGAUGUGGAAGUGGUCCCAGUAAUCCACACACUGAUCUAUCAAAUAAGUUCCCUCAGAGUAUACUAUCCUAAAGACUUAAGACCAGCAGAUAACAGGAAAUCAGUACUCAAGACUAUAGGAGAAGUGAAAAAACGAUUCCCCGACGGACCGCCAUUGUUGAAUCCUAUAAAAGACAUGAAAAUUAAUGAAUCAGUGUUCAAAGAAUGUGUUGAGAGAAUAAAACUGUUGGAAGAAAGACUUUACGCCCAUCCCCUACACAAUGACAAGAGCCGCGGCGCCCUGACCGCGGCAUACGAGAAGAAACAGGAACUCCAUGAAGAACUGACUCUGGCCAGAGCUGAACUGAAGAAAGCUAAGAGUAUACUACAGAUGGACGAACUCAAGAAGAGAAAACGAGUGCUUAGAAGAAUGGGAUACUGUACCGCCGCCGAUGUCAUCGAACUUAAAGGACGCAUCGCUUGCGAGUUGAGCAGUGCCGACGAGCUCCUGCUAACGGAGCUGAUAUUCAACGGCGUGUUCAACGCCCUGACGUCGGAGCAGAGCGCGGCGCUGGUGAGCUGCUUCGUGUGCGACGAGAACUCCUCGCAGGCCUCCGCCUCCGGCGACGAGCUGCGCGGGGUGCUGCGACAGCUGCAGGAAUACGCCCGUAGAAUAGCGAAGGUAUCUCAAGACGCGAAGAUGGACGUGGAUGAAGACGAGUAUGUGGGCAAGUUCAAGUGUACGCUGAUGGACGUCGUGCUCGCGUGGGCCAAGGGCGCCUCUUUCCUGCAGAUCUGUAAGAUGACUGAUGUCUUUGAAGGUUCCAUAAUCAGAUGUAUGCGUCGCCUCGAAGAGGUGCUGCGUCAGCUCUGCCAGGCAGCCAAGAACAUCGGCAACACAGACCUGGAGAACAAGUUCAGUGAAGCCAUCAAACUGCUGAAGAGAGACAUUGUGUUCGCCGCCAGUCUUUACAUGUAACAUGUACGUUAAUGUUAUUCCUUCACUUAAUAUAAGCGUAUACUAUUGU